AUGUCGGGUCUGCUGACGGUGGGUCAGCCGAUGCCGGGUCAGCCGAUGUCGGGUCAGUCGACGGCGGGUCAGCCGAUGUCGGGUCAGUCGACGGAGGGCCAGGCGCUGGCGGCUCAGGCGGUGGCCGCUCAGCUGACGGGGGACCAGUGGAUGGAGGGCCACUGGAUGCCGGAUGAGGCUGUGGGGGUGCCGGAUGAGGCUGUGGUGGCCCAGCCGAUGGCGGCUCAGUCGGUGGGAGACCAGUGGCUUGGAGACCAGUGGAUGUCGGGUCUGCUGACGGUGGGUCAGCCGAUGCCGGGUCAGUCGAUGUCGGGUCAGUCGACGGUGGGUCAGCCGAUGUCCGGGUCAGUCGACGGAGGGCCAGGCGCUGGCGGCUCAGGCGGUGGCCGCUCAGCUGACGGGGGACCAGUGGAUGGAGGGCCACUGGAUGCCGGAUGA